UAUCCCCACCAAAUUUGGGUUGGUGAACCAAAAAUGACCAUAUAAAAUGCCAGACUCACUACUCUCAUUACACCAUCGAAAAACCUUCUGUUCCUUCAACUCACCUUACUUUACCCAAUUAAGUCAUUGUAAAAUCUGAACAGAACCAAGAGAAGAAAAAAUGGGUUCAACAAGCCAGAGCCAGAGUAACAGUCUAACUCACACAGAAGAUGAAGCUUUCUUAUUUGCCAUGCAAUUAUGUAGUGCUUCUGUACUUCCUAUGGUCCUAAAAUCAGCGUUAGAACUUGACCUACUUGAACUAAUGGCUAAGGCUGGUCCAGGUGCAGCUAUUUCUCCUACUGAAUUAGCUGCUCAGCUCUCAACCCAGAACCCAGAAGCACCUGUUAUGCUUGAUCGGAUGCUUAGGCUACUGGCUACUUACUCUGUUCUCAAUUGUACUCUUAGAACACUGUCUGAUGGCAGUGUUGAGAGGCUUUAUAGUCUGGCUCCGGUCUGUAAGUACUUGACUAAGAAUGCUGAUGGUGUUUCUGUUGCCCCACUUUUGCUUAUGAAUCAAGAUAAAGUUCUUAUGGAGAGCUGGUACCACUUAAAAGAUGCAGUACUUGAUGGUGGAAUCCCAUUCAACAAAGCCUAUGGAAUGACAGCAUUUGAGUACCAUGGCACAGAUCCAAGAUUCAACAAAGUUUUCAACCGUGGAAUGUCUGACCACUCCACUAUGUCAAUGAAGAAGAUUCUUGAGGACUACAAAGGAUUUGAAGGCCUAAAUUCCAUUGUUGAUGUUGGUGGUGGAACUGGUGCUACUGUUAACAUGAUUGUCUCCAAAUAUCCCUCUAUUAAGGGUAUUAACUUUGAUUUACCACAUGUUAUUGGAGAUGCUCCAGCUUACCCUGGUGUCGAGCACGUUGGUGGCGACAUGUUUGUUAGUGUGCCAAAAGCAGAUGCCAUUUUCAUGAAGUGGAUUUGUCAUGACUGGAGCGACGAGCAUUGCCUAAAAUUCUUGAAGAAUUGCUAUGAAGCACUACCUGCAAAUGGGAAGGUGAUAAUAGCAGAGUGCAUACUUCCAGAAGCCCCAGAUACAUCACUUGCAACUAAGAAUACAGUACAUGUUGAUAUUGUGAUGUUAGCACAUAACCCAGGAGGCAAAGAAAGGACUGAGAAGGAAUUUGAGGCUUUGGCUAAGGGCGCUGGUUUUACUGGAUUCGCAAGGCUUGUUGCGCUUACAACACUUGGAUCAUGGAAUUCAACAAGUAAUUAAUCGAUUCCUUUGGAGGAUUAAGCAAUAUACUGUUCAUUUUGCAUUUGGAAAUUCUACUUUUCUCAGAGUGGCUUGACUGCGAAAUAAAAGAAAUAUAGCUUUUUAACUUGAAAAGAUUGAUGUUCAAAAGAAAAAAAGGAAUUUUAAUUUUAUUGUAUGUAUUUCUGUAAUACACAUGUAUUGAAGGAAUACUUGUUUUCGACCAAUCAUAUAUUUUUGAGAUUCUGAGACUUAA